UGAAUUUGCGUACUACUAAGCUGUUUUUAUAAACCCACAAUGGCGGAAGGAGGAGAAUAUAUCGAUUUGGUCGAGGAUAUAAUUAUAACGCCAUUCUCAAGACAAACUUUUCAAGAAAAGUUAAACAUUGUCAGGAGAGGUCGCCCGACGCCGACGCUACAAAGCCUGUCACAGGUGGGAAAUGGGUUCGUUCGCCACUUUCAAAGUUCCAACUACGAGCGCUAUCAAUGGCUAACAGGCUCCGAGAAGCACUGCAAACUGUACUGCUGGGAAUGCCUAUUAUUACAAUUGAGCGAGAGAGGCGCAGGUUCAGUCAAAUCUACGAUGACACAGCGCGCAUCUCAAGUUCACCCAGCGCACGCAGAGGCCCAGCACAAGGAGACCCUCACACAUACUACCAACAACUACAUAGCAAUAUUCUGGACAACAUUAUUUGCCAGAUACGACACAGGUUUCAAGACCACGAACAAUGUAUGUUUCUCUCCCUCCUGGACCCCCAGCACUUUCAGACCUACCGGAAAAAAAUCCCGCAAACAGCCUUCUCCAGUUUAACAGAGAGACACGGAACACUGUUCGACCUAUCCAAGCUAAAAACAGAACUGACUGUAAUGUAUGCUAUGACUGAUUUUGAAGGGAAACGUCCCUCUGAUCUCCUUGAUUUCCUUAAACAGAAAAAUCUGAAUGAGGACAUGGGGCAACUUUACACAUUGGCAUGUGUGACAGUGACUAUCCCUGUGUCCACGGCUUCUGUCGAGCGGUCAUUCUCCGCCUUAAUGCGAAUCAAAACGUAUUCCAGAAAUGCUACUGGACAGACUCGGCUUUCAGCAUUAGCCUCCAUGUCGAUAGAAAAUUACGUAUUGGUGGAACUAAAACGCACAGAUAGACUGUACAACAAUGGCUCACAGGCUCCGAUAAGCACUGCAAACUGUACUGCUGGGAAUGCCUAUUAUUUGCAAGUGAUAGAUUUGGUGUUUGGAGCCACACUGGCUUUGCAAGCUUGAGUUGUCUAACCAAGGCAAGCAAUGGUGCUUUUGAAUUUUGGGGACACCCGAGUGGACAGCUCAACGAACAAGCGCGCAUGGCAAAGGAAUUGUACUCUUCCCCUGCAAUUCUAUGAAUAAAAAAUGUCAAUUUCAUGUUGACGCAACGCCUGGUUUUAUACUGCGUUUCUGUCCUAAAUGUAUAGUGUCUAGAGCCAUGGCAUCAUAAUGAUGGCAAUAAGAGGUGGAUUAAUUCGGGUGAGACUGUGUAGGACCUCACUGAAGGCCCAGCCCCCAGGCCCACGGCACGCCACUGCAGCUGCCGAUGUAAUUCUUCUGUGAGCUGCUCCAUGCCAAAACCAGUUGAGAGCUGCACAAUCUUGCUGCAUGCAGAUGAUAUUCCGCUGAAACUAGGCUAUGUGUAUGGUGCCCAUGUGAAUAUAUUUCACGUGCUUUGCGGUUGUGUAAGGUAUUAAUGUUUCAAGAAAGGAGUGUAUAUAUUUGGCCCGGUGAAGCGGUUUUAUGCACUGCCUGAAUGGAAGUUGAUAAUUCUGAGUUUUUUAAUCCGCUGGACUCGGCUGGUCUCUGGAAGAAAUGACGAGUCCUCACUGUCCAAGACCGAGUACAAAUGUAUCCGAGACAAGACCAAGCCACUCAAUAUGUGGUCUCGAGAUUGGACUCGGUCUCGAGUACUUCAACACUGCCAGAAGAAGUGAUAUUCUAACAUCAGGUGCGCUUUUCAUUUGUUUAUGUACUGCUGUAAAUUCACCAGCUGACCUCUAUCAAGACACCUCGACUAGAUUCCCACUGUGAGGAUGAGCAACGCUGCAGCAACACCAGUUAAUACGUCCACUACGUUGUCCUUUUCCAGAUAUGAAAGGAAACAUCUCUCAAUUGUACGAGAUGGUUGUUAUAUGCUGUUCUUUGGUCAAUCUGAACGAUUCUGUUGUGCCAUUUGAGUAGAGCACCUUCACCUUGUCGUCAUGACAAAGCAGACUAUUGUUUUGAUAUUGUAAACAGACUGUACUUUGAUAAUAGGGUGAAAUGAAAAGUAUUUUGUAAUCUUUGCUUUGCAGAAAAUAUAUAUGUUAUAUCCCAACUAUUUUCUCUCUUUACAAUUUAAACACAUUUACCAUAGACAAUAUAAUUGUUGUGGUAGUCUUAGGCAAAUCUUUAUUAUCUUAUUUUUUAAAUUUUAUUUCACCUUUAUAUAAUUAACAAGGUAGGCUAGUUAAGAACAAGUUCUCAUUUACAACUAUGACCUGGCCAAGAUAGAGCAAAGCAGCGUGAAUCAAACAACACAGAGUUACACAUGGAAUAAACAAACAUACAGUCAAUAAUAAACAGAGAAAGUCUAUAUACAGUCUGUGCAAAUGAGGUAAGAUAAGGGAGGUAGGCAAUAAAUAGGCCAUAGUGGCAAAGUAUUUACAAUAGAGCAAUUAAACACUGGAGUGAUAGAUGUGCAGAAGAUGAAUGUGCAAGUAGAGAUACUGGCGUGCAAAGGAGCAAAAUAAAUAAAUAACAGUAUGGGGAUGAGGUAGAUGGAUGGGCUAUUUACAGAUGGGCUAUGUACAGGUGCAGUGAUCUGUGAGCUGCUCUGACAGCUGGUGCUUAAAGUGGGGCGGAGAGACAAUUUAGCGGUUUUAAAGCUUAUUUCCUGCAAUUCUACACAAUUUGCAAUUGGUUGGAGGGAAGUUUUUGCAGUGUUUCAUGCAAUUCUAAAAUUCUAAAGCUCACAAAAAAUAGCAAGCAUUUUUGAAGCAGUCUGUUUCAGAUACAAGUUUUAGGUAUGGUUUUUAACUUUUUUUCUCUCUUUAAUUUAUGCUUUGGUCACAGGUACAAGUCAACAACAGUAUUUGGAUAUGUGUGAACAGAAUAUGAGCGUCUAAAUAUGACAUUUUCAUUGGAAGUUUAUAAUGUCCAAUUAAACUUAAAUGUUGCUUUAAGUCUGUUAAAGUGGCACCACAUCUGUGUGAGACAAAACCAUAGAGUGGGCAUAAAGUUCAAAUCUGUGGUAGAAGCUGUCCACCGUCUGGCCUGGAAACAAUUGGUAAAGGCCCAGUGCAGUCAAAAUCCUGAUUUGCCUGUGUUUUAAACACACUAUGAGGUUGGAAUAAUACUGUGAAAUUGUGAAAAUUAUGAUAAUGCCCUUUUAGUGUAAGAGCUGUUUAAAAAGACAGCCUGAAAUUUCAGCCUGUUUUGGUGGGGUGGAGUUUUGGCCUGCCUGGUGACAUCACCAGGUAGUAAAUUAGUUAAUAGACCAAUAAGAAAGAGUUCCACAUUUCUCUGCUAAUAACAGUUAGUUUUCAGUUUUCCCCUCCCCAGUCAGACCACUUCCAGAACGUCCUAGCAAAAUUCUUGCUUGAGAAAUUGCUCUUUGCUAAGAAGCUAUUUUUGACAAUUUUUGACAAUAUUUAUUGAAAGCAAUCACAGUAAGGUACUUUUUUUUAUUGAAUCCAUGUCACGGUUGUCGUAAUAACAUUCGGACCAAAGAGCAGCGUGAAAUCGGUUCGACAUUUUAUUAGAAGUGAAUCGCACAAAAAAAACUAUAAAGCGCAAACGACACGUGAAUCUAUGGAGUGCUCACAGGCAACUACAACAUAAACAAGAUCCCACAAAACACAGUGGGGAAAUGGCUGCCUAAAUAUGAUCCCCUAUCAGAGACAACAAUAAACACCUGCCUCUGAUUGGGAACCAUACCAGCCCAACAUAGAAAUAAAGCAACCUAGAUUACCCACCCUAGUCACACCCUAACCAAAAUAGAGAAUAAAAAGGCUCUCUAUGGUCAGGGCGGGACAAUCCAAAACAUACAAUAUACUUGCAGUGCUCAGCAACUACACCACACCAGUCAUCCAACAGACUCCCAUUCAGAGCGACACACAGAAGUAUCCAGGGUCAAUGCCCUGCUCAAGGGCAUGUCGACAGAUCUACCACAAGGCCAAACACGGGGACCCGAACCCUCCAAGAUCCCCCACAGUUCCCCAAUAGCUGCCCCUCAACCAUCUGAGACCCCUUCCACAGUCCCCGCCCCCAAGAAAAAUAAAUAACAACAAAUAUUUGACAAAAAGCCCUAAAAACCCCCCACCAAUGCACCAACAACCAAGAAAAUUGACUAAAGAGAAAAAAUUAAAAGACAAAGGAAAACAGGAAACAACAAUGCAAAAAAAACAAAGGACAUCAAGGACAACUACAAUCAUAACAGCAAGGCCAAAUGUAUAUGUUUGAGUGCAUGUCUGGCACUAUUUACGUGUGUGUGUGUAUGUGUGUAUUUGAAUGAGAGUAUGUGUAUACGCAUGUGGACAAACACCUGCACGGCAUCAGUCUCAGGCACACCGGCAUUAGCUGUAAAAACACUGCCCCUCAGUGUCAUUCAAACUGACUUUUUAUUAAGUUUUAUUUCAACUUGAUUUUUCAAACUUUUAUAUGAUGUUUUCUCAAUAAUACCAUUACCUAAUAACUGUGUGACAAUGCCGACUAAUACACCUGUUGACCUAGAAAUUGGUUUGACCUAGAAAGUCUGAUGGCAGAACAUAAAACAUCUUGAUAAACUGGCAAUGUUGAUCAAUCAUAUGAAUAUAGAUUCUCAGAUGACUCUAUUUUCUAAUCUAGACCAAUAUCAAAAACAAGGAAGUGGGGAAUGUGUUAUGUCUGGCUGGCAUUCAUAAGAGCAGUAGUUCCUCCCAUUUUCAGUCCGUUUUCUAUACUAUAAAUAGGAAUAUCCUUUGAGGAUGUGUCCAUAACAUUAGUGCUUACUCCAAGUGAAACUACGAAAUGGAGCUGCAGGCAUGGCUCCUGAUGGUCUUUACGUGCUGCUAUGCUGUGCCAGAAGACAUGUCAGGAAAGCAAAUCAUUUUCCCAGUGAAGUCAAACACGGCCUAUGUCAAGAUAACCCCUGACAUGAACAAAAUCUUCUUUGCUGUGACUGUCUGCGUUCGAUUUUUCACCGACUACCAGACAAAGGAGCUGACCAUUUUCUCAUUGGCCACGCCUUCUCAUGCUGAUGGUUUUGUCAUCUUCAGGGGAGAUGGGGGAAAUUACAGGGUGUACAUCGGGGACCAAGGUAUCUAUUUCUGGGGAUUUCCAGACAAAAUGAACGAGUGGAACUCUGUUUGUGGGACGUGGGAUGCCAGUACAGGAUUGACUCAACUGUGGGUGAAUGGGAAGCCAAGUGCAAGGAAAGCGCUCCAAGCCGGCAGCUCCAUCUCUGGUACUCCCAGUAUUAUUUUAGGUCAGGACCAAGAUGCAUACGUUGGUGGGUUUGAUGUGUAUGACUCCUUUUACGGACAUGAGACUGAUGUCCACAUGUGGGACAGAGUGCUCUCCCCAUGUGCGAUCCAAAGCUACAUGAAGGGGGAGGUGUUCUCUCCAGGGAAUGUGGUAAACUGGAACGCACUAAAAUACACAAGGCAUGACUAUGUGGUUGUUGAGAGGAUGCAGAACCUGACCUGUUAAACAUUUGACCUCAAGAAUCACAAACAGAUCAUUUCAAACCAUGCUUACUUUUGUAUACGAUCAUGUGUCUGUUAUGUGUGGGAAUAGUGUGGAACAGAUUUCCAAAAUUAAAAUCACUUGGAGCUAAUUUCCUGGUGGUUUUACAGUCUUUUAUGUCCAACAAUGAAAAUGAAAACAAGAAAAGUUUUGGGGGAGGAAUAAAACCACCCAGGGGCCAGAUUUGGCCUGCGUGCCACCAGCUGGGGAAUCCUGCUGUAGGGGGUUGUAUCAAUUAUGUAUUAAAACACUAGAUUGUUGAUUAUAAAAUUUGAUUUGAUAUGUAUUGGCCAUUGAGAGACUUUAAAGCCACUGUCCCCCAUAUUGGUACUUCUCAGGAGCAGUCCUCCAUAGGAAUGAAUGGAAUGCUACAUUAUUUCAAUUUAAGGGCAAAAUUACAUAUAUUUAAGCAUUUAUUUGUUGUAGAGUGAACAGUAACAUUCGUAUUCUCAAAAAAUUAUACUUUAAGGAAAAACUAUUUUUGUUUUGUUUGUUCAUAUAAUACAAUUUAAAAGUAUGCAUUGAGGUGUCUGUUAUGUAAUAUGCUUGACAAAGUGUUGGAGGGGUACAAAAAUGGUGACAGUCACUUCAAAAUAGCGCCACCUGUCAGUCAUCUAGUGUUUAUAUGCACCAUUGGUUUGUAUGUGUGCUAGGGCAGAUGGAAGUUAUGGCUCCCUGCGCAGAGGCCACGUCAAGCAGUGUUCGGAAUAAAGAACCAAAAAGGAUGUAGCUGUGCCUGCCCACUUAUAAUUGUUGAUAUCACAAUGCCAAAUUACUUU